UCACCUCAAUCGUUCCAUGACCUUAUUGCAUCCAGCCAAGUCUGCGAAAAUGCGAGUCCGCAUCUUCAUCGUCGCCAUUGCCGCUUUCGCAGCUCUCGGUUUCACCCACGCAACGCCGAUAGAGCUGAAUGCAAUCAACGUCGCCGUGCCACUGGACGACAACAACUCAAUAGAAGCAGUGCCCCAUGCGCAGACGACAACAACGACAACGACGAAAAGCGCGUUCGGCAUAAUAACCACGCCAGUACCUCCACCAUCGUCCAAAACGUCUACGUCCAAGAAAGUAGAAUCCAGUGCGUCGACCUCGGAAACUCUGGAGACUACACAUACCACAGCAGCAGCUAGCAAGACCGCAACAAGUGUCGCCUCACACAAAACCUCUACACCAUCCUCUGAUAGUCCUCCAACAGAAGAACCAUCACAUACUAUUUCACCCAGUACCACUCCCAAUAGCAGCAGUAGCACCGUCCAAACCUCGGCUCCAGCAUCAAUCUCUUCCACCUCGAUAUCAUCAACAGGAUCCCCUCCCUCUUCCUCACGACGACGACCUCCUCCUCCUCCUCCUCCUCCUUCUUCUUCUUCUCCAACCCCCGACGAUCCCCCCACGACCAAAAACACAUCCAGUACACCUCCACCCCUGCCCCCACACUUCGCAUCUCAGCUCCCCAGAAACUGGCCCUACACCAAAUACGCUGUAGCAUACAGACCAGGACAAACAGCGACAUGGAUCUUAACCUCGUCAUCAAAGACAAAAUCCAUGACUCUGAAUGGUUCAGCGAGCGAAAAUAACGAAAGUGGUGUGCCCGUAGCGAUCCUGGAAGCGCCGUUGUUGUGGUUUCCGCGGCCGUUGGCGUGGGGAGAGAAACGACGUGCUGAUUUAGAUGGUGAUGAAGAAGACAACGACGCGGGACGAGGAAUAGAGAAUGGAAGUGGGAAGACUUUGUUGAAAAAGUACGAUUAUCGUGUCAUAAUCGGGGAGGGAGACGAUGCUGCUGCUACUGCUACACUUUUACAAGGAGCAAGAGAGAAAGACGACCACGGUGGUAAUAAUAUUACGAAAGAUAAGGGGGUUUCCUGA